AUGAAGGUUGGACUGCUUUGUCUGGCAUGGCUGGGGCUAGCUGCGGCCAUCACCUUGCAGUCUGACGAUGCAGAGCGCCCCACGACAAAGGUGGUAAAGCUGCUUAAAACCAUGCAGGAGACUGUGGAAAGCGAAAGCAAAGCCGACGAGGAGACUUAUGACAAGUUCAAGUGUUGGUGUCACGAGAACACGGAUGCCAAGACCAAGGCCGCUGCAGAGGCAGAGACCACGGCUCGNNAGCUGAAGGCACGUGUUGAGGAACUCGCCGCCCAAAGCGAGCGCCUCAAGGGAGAGAUCGAGAAGGCGGAGGACGAAGUGGCCAAGAACGAAGCGGCCCUCGACACCGCCACAGAGUUGCGGAAGCAGCAAAACAAGGAGUACAUGGACGAUCGCGAGCGCCUUGAAGGUGA